UUGUCCUGGCGAGCAACAGGUCGAACCAAAACAAUCCGAUCACGAGUUGACAGGAGGAUUUCUCCCAGCGAAGAGUCAGGCGGCAGGAUGAAGAUUUGCGGCCCCAAAUUGUCCCUUUGUUGCACCAUUUUGAGUGUAUGGGCCAUCAUACAGCUCGGGUUGAUGGCCAUCUUCUUCUAUGUAAGAUCCCCUGCCUUCAUUGAGGAUCUGAAGAUUGAAGAUGCUGAUCACCAUGAUGCACAAAAAUUCCUGGAAGCCAUAGAUACUUCAUAUUCGACGAUUGCCGUCAACUGUGCAAUUUCUGCAGGGCUGUAUGUAGUGACUCUUGCCGUUUCUGGCUGGCAAAUGUGGGUGAACAAGAACAGUUAGAGAGAUUAUAUUUAGGAGAACAUCAGGGAAAAUAUCUAUUGAUGUUGAGCUAGAGAAGAAACAUCUUUGUUUAUCCCUCUUUUUUUUUCUUUCACAUAUACCACAGAAAAUGUUUAAAAUUUUAAUAGAUGUAUGAAUAUAUAUAAAUACUUUUUCUUGUUUUCCCUCAUAGUUUUCAUUGGUAUUUCACAAUAAAGGGACAUGUUUACCUUUCUGUUUUGACAUUCCCAGAAGUUAAAGAGCCUUAUCCAGUUACACCUUGGGAGUAAUGUUUGCAAUAGACUAUAUACAUUAUCUACUGUUACCAUGCACAAAAGCCAGACCAUUAGUAUUAUAUACCAUAAGAAAAUAAGAAAAAACAUUGAGUAGAAAAAAAAUCGGAUUUUUGUAAAUGUGUUUUAAUUAAUUGGGUUGGAUAAAUCCUCCAAGUAAUCAAAGUUUAAAUAGCAGGUAACAGGUGAUUUUAAGAAGUAACAAGGAUAGUAAAGUUAUUUUGUUUGUUUGUUUGGUUUCUCUUGUAGAUUUUGUUUGGUUGUGGUACAUGUAUGAAAACAACUACCUUAAAAGAUAGUAAGAAUACUUCUUUUAAAAAUAUUAUUAAUUGUACAGGUAUGAGUCUGUUCUAAUUUGGUGAGUUGUAUAAGUGUAAAUUAUGUAUAUUUAUGUACAUUCCAGUGUGUAUUAGUUAGGCAGAGUCAGUAAUAAAACUAAAGAUAUUAAAAAAA